UGAAGGCAAAAUAAGUCCGCCAUUAUGGAAUUCACGCGUGUUUCUCUCAUUUUCACGGCUAUUAUGUAAUCUGAAGCGUCUCAACGUCAUUGAGGCGAUGAUGUCUCUGUCAGUAGAUGAAUGUGGACCUCAUGAGCAGGUGGAGGAUGAGUUCACCUGCGCAGGUGUGUUGCGGGAGGCCAUUCGGGCGCUGCAGCCCACUGUGGAGCGAGUGUUUGGGGUGAAGCUGAGCAUCGGAGCAGAAGAAGCUCCAUCACAGGGUGGACAGAUCUGGCUGCAGCUGCGAGGCGCACGAACACACGUCACCGCAGCAAAGCUGUUCGUGAAAGGUGUGGUCAAUCAGGAAGCUCAGAAAGAGAUGCAGUUCCCUGAAGUUCUUCACUGUAUCUUCUGCGGUGCCAAAGGCCUGUUUAUGGAUUGCCUGAUUAAAAAUACCUCUGCUCAUAUAGUGGUGGGUUCUCCAGGGUUCCUCCUAAUCAGCGGGAUGACCGAGCCUGUGGUGAAGGCCUUUUCCUUCAUUGUGGACCUGGUGGAGAAGUACCGCAGGGGCAGGGCGGCGUCCCGACAGCGCAGGGGCGUCCCUAGAGUCCGACGAGCCUUCAAGACACUGGUGGAGGAACUGGAAGACCGGCACACACUGGAGCUGCUGGCUCUGCCCGUCCGGGUGAAGGAGGCGCUGCUGGAGCUGGUCAGACUGGCCGGAAACACACACACUCACACACUGCAGAACCCAGAAAACAGACACACACACACACUUCAGGACCAGUCGACCUCACUGCAGGAGAACGGAGGAGUGCAUGAAGCGUCUGAUAAUAAUAAUAACAACGCAGAAAGCUCACAUUCACAGCAGCCACUGUUGGGUUUCACCCUGGACUCAAGACAUUUCCAGACUGCAGAGCCUCCAGAACCUGACCGGCCUCCUGACAGCAGCGGGUGCGGAGAGGAGUUCCAGCACCUGCUCAAGUUCUUCACCGCUAUGGGCUUCACGGAGGCGGUGGUGCGCAGCGUUCUGGCCCGAACCGGCCCUAAAGAAGCCUCGCAACUCCUUGAUUUAAUCCAGCAGGAGCAGGACAAAACUGACCAGCAAAACCAGCUCGAUUCUGGACAAAUACACGCGGCGGAGAGAGCGGAGGCUAAUCAAACUGAUGCUAAACAGGAGGACUUUGUGUUGGGAGUGUUGAAGGCGGCGGCGGCGACCUGCGGGUACGCGGAGGAGCGUGUAAUGGAGGUGUACGGGAAUCUGCCCGAGAUAAAGCCUCAUGAGCUGCUCAUGCAGCUGCAGAAACAGGAGCACAUGCACACCAAUGGGGUCGGAAAUGGCAGCCAGCAAGCAGAUUGGACAAUUGAGCGAAAUUCAAGAUCCUAUGUUGAGAACCUGGACCCUGGGAGCAGAACCAGAGCCUCAAACCACGAAUCCUCCACGAUGAGCAUUCCCGGGUCUGGAUCCACAGUCAAGGGCCCGCCGCAGAUGACGUACUCCUGGGAAAACAUGACUUCAGAUAUUCACCCAGUGAAUUCCUACAGCCAAUCGCCUCCGAAUAACAAACAGAGCCUGGAUGUCAGCUCAGCGAUGUUUUCAAAUCACACACCCAAAGUGAAGCAAGAGCGAGGGGCUGCAGCAUCUGUGGUGACAGGACCCCAGCGGUUCCUGGAGGGCCUGAAGAAACCCUUCAGUCUGCAGCUGUCGGACCAGCCUGGAGACGCUCAGCUGCGGCACGUCACCAUCGACGGCAGCAAUGUGGCCAUGAGUCACGGUCUGGGGGUGUUUUUCUCCUGUCGAGGCAUCGCUCUGGCCGUCCAGCACUUCUGGGCUGAAGGACAUCGAGAAAUCAUGGUGUUCGUCCCACAGUGGAGGCAGAAGAACAACUCCAAGCUCAAAGAGAAGCACUAUCUGAAUGAACUGCAUGAUCUGGGUUUGCUGUCAUACACACCAUCCAGAGAGGUGGAGGGCAAGAGGAUCAUCUCAUAUGAUGACCGGUUCAUGCUGGAUUUAGCGCAGAAGAUGAAUGGUGUGAUUGUGACCAACGACAACCUGAGAGAUCUAGUGGACGAGUCGCCCGCGUGGAGAGACAUCAUCAAGAAAAGUUUGCUGCAGUAUGUGUUUGCUGGAGAUCAGUUCAUGCUACCUGAUGAUCCUCUGGGUCGAGGUGGGCCACACCUGAGAGACUUUCUACAUAAACACAACAGCAGUUCACCUGUUCCCAGCAGUCACUCAUUUGCCGGUGUGUCUUCUCCGGCGUCUGCGGCUCCUGCUCCACGAGCACACACUGAUGGCCUGCAGUACCGCGACUGGACACCAGGUGGUCAUGGCCGGGCACAAAUGUCAUCAGCCGGUCAGGAAGUCUACGAGAGGUCGUUGGAGGAUACGAGGAGGCUGCAGCAGAGCCUAGUGUCCAUCUUUCCGGGUCAGGAAAGCGUGAUUAUCAUGAUAUUACAGUGCCAUCCCAACAUUCGAGACAUCAACCGGCUGACGGAGCUCAUUCUGGAGCAACAGGAGUGAACAAAAACAACACAGAAAAACUGCUUUAAAAACUACUGUCUGUUUGGGCUGGGGCGAUAAAUCGACAGGUUGCAAUUUGCGGAUAGUUUCUUAUGCUGGGUUACCAAUAAAUGCGAUUUUAGAGUAGAGACGAAGUUAUGCUGGGCACAAAAGACGUUAACAGCAGACAGCGCUCUAGGCUAAUGUUAACAACAGACGGUGCUCUAGGCUAGUUUAACAGCAGACAGCGCUCUAGGCUAAUGUUAGCAGCAGACGGUGCUCUAGGCUAGUUUAACAGCAGACGGCGCUCUAGGCUAAUGUUAACAACAGACGGUGCUCUAGGCUAGUUUAACAGCAGACAGCGCUCUAGGCUAAUGUUAACAACAGACGGUGCUCUAGGCUAGUUUAACAGCAGACAGCGCUCUAGGCUAAUGUUAACAACAGACGGUGCUCUAGGCUAGUUUAACAGCAGACAGCGCUCCAGGCUAAUGUUAACAACAGACGGUGCUCUAGGCUAGUUUAACAGCAGACAUCGCUCUAGGCUAAUGUUAACAACAGACGGUGCUCUAGGCUAGUGUUUACCAGCAUUCACCUCUCUAGACUAGAUUUAACAGCAGACGGUGCUCUAGGCUAAUUUUAACAGCAGAUGGCACUCUUGGUUAGGCUAGUUUUUAACAGCAGGCGGCGCUCUAGGCUAGUUUAACAGCAGACGGCGCUCUAGGCUAGUGUUUAACAGCAGACAGCGCUCUAGGCUAGUUUAACAGCAGAUGGUGCUCUAGGCUAGUGUUUAACAGCAGACGGCGCUCUAGGCUAGUUUAACAGCAGAUGGUGCUCUAGGGUAGUUUAACAGCAGACGGCGCUCUAGGCUAGUUUAACAGCAGAUGGUGCUCUAGGCUAGUGUUUAGCAGCAGACGGCGCUCUAGGGUAGUUUAACAGCAGACGGCGCUCUAGGCUAGUUUAACAGCAGAUGGUGCUCUAGGCUAAUUUAACAGCAGACGGCGCUCUAGGGUAGUUUAACAGCAGACGGCGCUCUAGGCUAGUUUAACAGGAGACGUUGCUCUAGGCUAGUUUAACAGCAGACGGCGCUCUAGUCUAGUUUUAACAGCAGACGAUGCUCUAGGCUAGUGUUUAACAGCAGAUGGCGCUCUAGGCUAGUGUUUAUCAGCAGACGGCGCUCUAGUCAAGUUUUAACAGCAGACGGCGCUCUAAACUAGUGUUUACCAGCAGACGGUGCUCCAGGCUAGUUUAACAGCAGAUGGCACUCUUAGUUAGUUUUAACGGCAGGCGGCGCUCUAGGCUAGUUUAACAGCAGACGGCGCUCUAGACUAGAUUAACAGCAGACGGCGCUCUAGGCUAGUGUUUAACAGCAGACGGCGCUCUAGGCUAGUGUUUAACAGCAGACGGCGCUCUAGGCUAGUUUUUAACAGCAGACGGCGCUCUAGGCUAGUUUAACAGCAGACGGCGCUCUAGGCUAGUGUUUAACAGCAGACGGUGCUCUAGGCUAGUGUUUAACAGCAGACGGCGCUCUAGGCUAGUGUUUAACAGCAGACGGUACUCUAGACCAGAUGUACCAGCAGAUGGCGCUCUGGACUAGAUUUAAGAGCAGAUGGCAAUCUAGUCUAGUUUUUACAGCAGAUGGUGCUCUAAGCUAGUUUUACCAACAGACGGCACUCUACGAUAGUUUUUUAGCCAAACACUCAGAUAGUGCUUGGAGAAAUUAGGCUUUUCAAAGCUUCGAAACAACUGAUCCAAUGAUUUUGAACAUUCAAAACACCACAUGGGAGGGACCUGCUAGUCAGAUAUAAUCUAUCAAAAGUAAUUAGCUAAUUCUCUAAUUUCAUUAAAUAUUAAGUGUAAUAUGUGCACUUUUUUUAAAUUUCAGGACUUAUAUUGUUUGUUCCAUGGUGGGCUUUGCUAAACAGGACAUUAAGAGACUAUUAGCUACUACUGUACAUUUAGAUUUUACAAAUGUCAUAUUAAAAUAGUCUACAAACUCUGUUUAAAACUGUUAAAGUUGUUUACUGAUUCACCACUCGGGGGCGAUCUGAGCAAACCAGUGUAUUUAUGGUUUUACUGAAAUCAUUACCCCCAUUUUAUUAUUUAUUUUAGGAUCAAGUGUUGUGUGUAAAGCAAACAGCGCCAUCUGUUGGCAAAAACUGAGUUCAGAAUCUAUUGUUUAAUUGCAACACAUUCAGACAAUCUGAGAGAAUAAUUGCAGAAUAAUUUCCCAAUUCGAUUUAUCGCCACAGCUCUACCGCCUGCAUUGUAAUGUGUUUUCAAUUUUAGAUCAUUCAUACAGUCAGUGAGUGUGUGCUGUGUUUAUGCUUUUGAUCUAUAUUUGCACAUUUAUGCUUUUUUCUCCAUUUUAAAUGGUAAUAUACGUUUGUUAAUUAUAGUAAUUUUAACUUAUUUUCAUGAUUGUGAAAAAUGAUGUGUUGCAGAGACCAAAACUGAAUGUCUUUAAGAAUUUAAUGUUUUUCUCAAGUUCUUCAGGGACGACGAGUGGAAUUGUCACUAUAUUGUCUUGUUUACAUUUUGUAUUUUGUUAUACUUGUGUCGUGUUUAAUAGUGUGCAGUGCCAAAUUGCAUAUCAAGUUAGUUCUAAAUGUUUUUAAACCUUUACUAUUGGUAAAAAAGAUGGUAAUAAAUGGUAAUAAAAUAAAAUGGUGAAAAAAAUAACUUAUUUUUGUGAACUGCGGAUAAUGGCUUCAUAUUUCGAAUUAAGUUUUAUAAGUUUAAAUUUUAUUUUUUAAGUUUAAAUAAAAUAAGAGCUUAAGAGUAUGACGUGUUCACUUUAAAUGUGUUUCUUGUCUGUUUUGUAAUGUAUUUUGUGAGCAAUCUUUUAUUGAAACUGCUUUUCAGUGUAAAUAUAUAAAUAAAGAUGGCUAAUUUUGUGUA